GAAAGGACUUCUUCCACUCAAAGUUAAAAUGGACCAAAAAGAAUUCACCCAAGAGAAAAAUAAAACACAGAUUGACAGAACUGAGCCAAAAACUCACGUGAGGGACCAGUGGGCUACGAAAAUGGAGUUCAUCUUGGCAGUGGCUGGACACAUUGUGGGUCUUGGAAACGUUUGGAGAUUUCCCUACCUUUGCUACAAAAAUGGAGGAGGGGUUUUCUUCAUUCCCUAUAUUAUAUUCUUGUUCACCUGUGGCAUCCCCCUCUUCUUCCUUGAAACAUCUUUGGGUCAGUUCACCAGCCAGGGUGGAAUAACAUGUUGGAGGAAAAUAUGCCCUCUUUUUGAAGGCUUGGGAUAUGGAAGCCAAGUGGUCGUCUUGUACACUGGGGUAUACUAUAUUGUGAUUUUGGCCUGGACUUUUCUCUACCUGUUUUCAUCCUUCAGAGCUGAGCUGCCAUGGGUCAGCUGCAACAACAGCUGGAACACAGAUGCUUGUUUUGAGCACGGUCAGAAUGACACAUCUUCUCUGCACCUGUACACGAACACAACAUCUUCAGUGGUUCAGUUUUGGGAGAGGAGAAUCCUGGGGCUGUCAGAUGGGAUCGAUAACAUUGGAAGUGUUCGUUGGGAUCUGGCACUAUGUCUGCUUCUUGCUUGGGUGUUGUGUUAUUUCUGUGUCUGGAAUGGAGUUAAAACUACAGGAAAGGUGGUUUACUUCACAGCUACAUUUCCAUACGUGAUGCUAGCAGUGUUGCUUGUCCGUGGUCUGACUUUACCAGGAGCCAAAGAUGGAAUCGUUUUCUACCUCUACCCUGACCCAUCCCGCCUCGCUGACCCACAGGUAUGGAUGGAUGCAGGCAGCCAGAUUUUCUACUCCUAUGGAGUUUGCACAGGUGUUCUGACAUCUUUGGGAAGUUACAACAAAUACAGCAACAACUGUUACAGGGACUGUAUUUACCUAUGCCUCUUAAACAGCUUAACCAGCUUUGUAGCUGGCUUUGCAAUUUUCUCUGUUCUUGGUUUCAUGGCAAAAGAGCAGAAUGUGGAAAUUUCAAUGGUAGCUGAAUCAGGUCCAGGCUUGGCAUUUAUUGCUUAUCCUCGAGCUGUGGCAUUAAUGCCCCUACCUCAGCUUUGGGCAAUAUUCUUCUUUGUUAUGAUCGUCUUCUUGGGAUUAGAUAGUGAGUUUGUGUAUCAGGAGUCCUUGGUUACAACCAUCUCCGACAUGUUUCCCUCCUUCUUUCAAAAAACCCGCCGACGUAGACUUCUACUUCUCGGCAUUUGUGCAGGCGGUAUCCUGGUUGGUCUGGUGAUGGUAACUGAGGGAGGCCUUUAUGUUUUCCAGCUGUUUGACUACUAUGCCUGCAGUGGGAUGACACUUUUAUUUUUUGCUAUUCUUCAGUCCGUCUGUAUUGGAUGGGUUUAUGGUGCAGAACAACACUACGAUAAUAUACAGGAUAUGAUUGGUUAUCGCCCCUGGUCUUUCAUGAAAUAUUGCUGGAAAUACUUCACACCAGCUAUCUGUACUUUCACGUUUCUGUUCUCUGUGAUCAAACAUACGCCUCUAAAAUUUAACAACACGUAUGAAUACCCAUGGUGGGGAUACGCCUUGGGACUAUUCUUCACUCUUUCUUCGACGUUGCUUGUUCCACUUUGGAUGCUGUAUGUUGUAAUUGUCACUCCAGGAACACUUAAGCAGAGGCUGAAACAUCUCUGCACUCCAGUGAAGGUUGUACCACCUGAAACAGUAAAGAAAGAAUCAAACCCUGAAGCAUUUCGCUCGUUUACAGACUUGUCCACACUUCGUACAGUAGAGCAUCCAAACAGUACAGAGGGCAAAAUUCUGAGGUCAUCUAUAGUUUGAUCAAUCAAUCAAUCAAUCAAUCAAUCAAUCUAUCUAUCUAUCUAUCUAUCUAUCUAUCUAUCUAUCUAUCUAUCUAUCUAUCUAUCUAUCUAUCUGU